AUGUUCCAACCCUACAACCUUACUCCGUUAGACCAUUUUUCACCUCCAGGACAUUUCAGUAUAUCUCUCACGUUUAGUUUAAUUGACAAGGAUCGUGUUCACGUCCUUCAGCGAAUGGAGGAUGCGGUGGCUCGUCUGGUCUCCAAAUUUCCCUUCCUGGCCGGGAUGGUGGUACCGUCUACCCAGCCAGAUGGUAGAAGUAACGCACUUCAGGUGCGGCCUGCCACUGCUACCGAGCUUGAAGAUUGCCCUAUCCUGGUUACCCAGCAUCAUACAGAGUCCACCGCUGUUGCCGUGGAUGGGAAACUCAACACUGCCUUGAUGCCGUUCCCAAUCGUCUCUCCACCACGUAACCCUUCUCCUGUGCUACGGUUAAAGGCCAAUGUGUUGGAAAGCAAGUUGUACCUGGUGUGUUGCUUUGAUCACCGAGUAAUGGAUGGCUCAGGCUUUUUGCGUUUGGCUGCUACUUUGGCCGCUUUCUGUGGAGAUCUAAAUGCCCCAGGACCAUUCACAACUCCACAUGAACAAGAAGAAACAAGGCAGCAUAUCAAGGAGGUUGCCUCUACAGCCACACCGCACGAUCUUCAAUGGACGACCUUUCCUACUCCAACAAGCGAAGACAAAAUUCCCACGGAUUAUAGUCGAGUGCCCAUCAGUUCUCCUCAUGUACUCGAUGGCCAAAGGAUAAAAAUGCUGCACGAGGCCUGCAAUUCGGCUUUACAAACUCUUCCUGGGAAAUAUAAGAAGGAUCUUCCCGGGAUGUCCCUUCCACCUAGUCUGGUCGUCACCGCGCUAGUGGGAAUAUGCAGCAGUCGUGCCCGCUUGAGGGCUUUCCCCAAUGAGCCGGAACUCUCGUCUAAGAUGUUCAUCGUGGAAAAUAUUCGAAAGGCACUCGAUUUACGCCGGGGAUAUAUGGGAAACACUAUCGUGGGCACCGAAAGCAAGUGUGAUGGCUCUGCACCUCCUCCACCUGUGGCCUUGAGAAAUAUCAAUGUGCCAGAGCCUCUCAGCCCGGUAGGGCCGGAAGAUAUCUGGCGGAUCUGCAACGUUGCCCAGUCUCUCCAGGAAGCAUCAGGGCUCUUGAACAAGCAGUAUGCGCAGGGUGUGGUCGCGAAAAUGUCCCGCGAGCAUGAUUGGAGUUCAUUCCGACCUGGAUGGGGGGUCAAUUUUCUUGUAUCUAAUAUCAAGUCAGCAUCGCCUUAUGUGGAGUAUGGCCCACUCGGAGAUCUUCAGUUGUUCGACUUGGUUUUCGAUACAGUUCCUGGCUUUUGCUGGAUAAUGCCUAACCUUCCGUCUGAUGCUGCAUCAUCUCAUUCAUGCUGGAGAUUGCGAUGGAUUUUGGAACGGGCGGCGAUGGAGUGUCUAUCGAGCGAUCCCCUCUUCCAGUGGGCUUCCGCUCCUAGUACAGUCUCCACGUCCGCCGGUAUCUAA